AUGUCUGCCAGCACCAUCGCACGCUGGAACGCUAUCCCCCUCGAGCGCCAGCCCGAACAUCCGAACGCACAGAAGCGUCCCCGUCCCGACGACGAAGACGACGAUGUGUCGAUCGCUUCCAGGUCCCCUUCCCCUCGUCCAGAUGCCAUGGAUGUAGACUCUGGCUUGGGAUAUCACGAAUAUCCGUCAGGCCCAGCCCACGAGGAAGUCACCGUUGAAACGAAGAUCAAGCCCACCAACGUUGGUUUUGCCAUGUUGAGGAAACUGGGAUGGUCCGAGGGUCAACCUCUGGGACUUCAGGAAGAUGGCGAAGUCGAUCCCAUUCCGUUCAACCUCAAGCAGGAUUUGACGGGCGUCGGCAAAAUCAGUCAGGACGUCCGCAUGAUCGAGACCACCGUUUCCCAACGCCGCGAGCUCACUUCCGAGCGCAUGCGCAAGGAGACCGUCGAAGAACGCGAAAGCCGUGAGAAUUCCAUCGCCAAACGCACCGCCGUCCAAAUGGAGAUCGCCGAAACUCUCAAAGCCUUCUACUGCGCCCUUUGCGACAAGCAGUUCAAGAACGUUGCCCAGUACGACGAGCACACCAACUCGUACGCGCACCACCACAAGGCGCGCGCGAAGGACCUGCAGGCGAGCGUGCGCAUGCAGGCUGCGGACGAGGUCGAGCGCCGCAAGGAGAAGGAGCGCCGCCGCGAGGAGAAGGAGCUGCGCAAGCUCGCGAAGGCCCAGGGCAUCAAGAUGGCGAAGCCGGCGGUGGCUCCUGCGGUGGUCGCGUCAGCUCCAGGUCAGCCCUCGGUCGCGGAGCCUGCGGGCCAUGCCCCGAUGGAUACGACACCAGCGGAAGGCGGCUUCAAGGCAGCGGGUUGGGCGACGGUUGCGCCUAGCAACCCUCCGCCUGCGCAAGGCUUCAAGAAGGGGGGCUGGGCUACGGUUGGAGGUGACCCAUCACCUGCGCAAGGUCCUUCGACAACAAGUAGUGCGGCGGCACACCCUGCCUUCCGUGCAGGAGGACAGAUAGCGGCCUCUGGCGACGUUACACCGUCGCCUCAACCUCUUCCCACCGCGCGAGGAGGAUGGGCACAGGUUUCCAUCGCACCGCAUCAGCCCAUGGAUAUGACACCGUCCGUCGUACCUCCUGCCGUUGCAGCACCAGCGCCGACGCCGACGAAGGCUAAGCAAGCUGCGUCUAUCCAGGCCGAAUCGAAAUCGGCUGCUAGUCGCAACUCAUGGCAGAGCUUCAAGGCGGGACGCGGGCGACGCUGA